AUGGUCUCUGUGUCAGUAUGUGAGGAGGAGGUGAAGGAGGUGAAAGAGGAGGUUUUGGAGGAGGGGAUGGAGGUGAAAGAGGAGGAGAAAGAGAAGGUGAUGGAGGGGAUGAUGGAGGUGACUGAGGAGGUGAUGGAGGUGAAAGAGGAGAUGAUGGAGGUGAAAGAGGAGAUGAUGGAGGUGAAAGAGGAGGUGAUGGAGGUGAAAGAGGAGGUGAUGGAUGAGAUAGCGGAGGUGAAAGAGGAGAUGAUGGAGGUGAAAGAGGAGAUGAUGGAGGUGAAAGAGGAGGUGAUGGAGGUGAAAGAGGAGGUGAUGGAGGUGAAAGAGGAGAUGAUGGAGGUGAAAGAGGAGAUGAUGGAGGUGAAAGAGGAGAAGAUGGAGGUGAAAGAGGAGAUGAUGGAGGUGAAAGAGGAGAUGAUGGAGGUGAAAGAGGAGAUAGCGGAGGUGAAAGAGGAGAUGAUGGAGGUGAAAGAGGAGGUGAUGGAGGUGAAAGAGGAGAUAGCGGAGGUGAAAGAGGAUGAUGGAGGUGAAAGAGGAGAUGAGGAGGUGAAAGAGGAGAUGAUGGAGGUGAAAGAGGAGGUGAUAAGAGGUGAAAGAGGAGUGAUGGAGGUGAAAGAUGAUGGAGGUGAGGAGAUGAUGGAGGAGGAUGUGGAGGUGAAAGAGGGUGAUGGAGGUGAAAGAGGAGUGAUGGUAGGUGAAAGAGGGAAUGAUGGAGGUGAAAGAGGAGAUGAUGGAGGUGAAAGGAGGAUGGUGGUGAAAGAGGAGGUGAUGGAGGUGAAGAGGAGGUAA